AACCAUAGUGCAUGAGGCAACGUUUCCAUUCGGACUCAUUUACCGGAGGGACUGAAGUCCGUUUUGAAAAGCAGUAUAACCAAAAUAAAAACAGUUGUUUGCGUUCCGUCUGUUACAUUUUAUCUAUUAAAACAUAUUCGUGUAGAGCAUGGCUGAUCCAGGUCCAAACAAGGACAACGUCAGAGCUGGAUGCAAAAGAUGCGGAUAUCCGGGCCAUCUUACAUUUGAAUGUCGCAAUUUUGUUCGUGUGGACCCGAGGAAGGACAUUGUUUUGGAUGUGAGCAGCACCAGCACAGAAGAGAGUGAAGAAGAGGAACAGGAAGCUGUCAGUAAAGAAAAGAUCUUCGGUAGCAGCCAUUCAAAAGGUACUCAUGAGGAUUCUAAAAAGGAAAAGCAUAAAAAGAAAAGUAAGGACAGAUCCCAUCAGAAGGCCAAAAAAAGGUCCCAUUCGUCAAGUGAUGAGGAUGAGGAAGUGAGCAAGAAGAAGAAAAAGCACAAGAGUCACAAGAAGAAAGGGAAAAAAGAGAAGAGAGAGAAAGAGAAGAAACACAAGAAGAAGCAUAAAAAGAAAGAUACAGAGUCAUCCUCAACAGACAGCUCGAGUGAAUCAAACACUGACUGAAAACUGAAUGAGUUCAUUUAUUUGACCCUUUGACUGGACCACAUAACCUUUGCAAAGCAAGAAACUGGAGAUUUUUACUUAAAUUCUUCUGUAAUCUUUCGAGUUCGUACAUGCUUAGAAAUGUUUGUACCUGCUGUACCAAAACUAGGUGAAGUUGUAAAUUCUUUUGUUUUUACUUUUAAUAAAAUGUGUUUUUCUUUA